AUGAUAUCGCAGUUCGCCCUGAGCAGACGAUCCGGCGUGCGGAUAUUCAUUCUCAGCUUCAUACUUUUCAUCAUUGUCAAAUCAAUCAAGGAAGCCGUUGGGGGCUACGGCUGGAUAGUACAGGCCGACACGUACGAUACGGGCCGAUACGUGACAGCGUCUGCCAAACAAGCGCUCGGCGGAGGAGCGCCAGAUGUCGUCGGGGUGUCAGUGUGGGAUGGAGUCGUGGGAGACAAGGUAAUCGUCAUGUCGAGGACGGAGGAGGAAGAUGCGAGUUGGGUGGAGGAGGAACUACCAGAUUGGCAGAGGAUGAUAUACACGACGCUGAAGGCGAAGACUGCUGGGUCGCAGAAGAAGAACUCGACGACGCUGCAGAAUGUUCUGCCUCGACAUAAAGGUCACGAGGCGUUUGCGUAUCUGACAUACCUGAUCUCGAACUACGACACGCUUCCGGAAAUCAUUGUGUUUCUUCAUCCGCACAAAGACGGCUCGUCAGCAUGGCACGUCGACCAACCACUGCACUCCAACCCGGCCGCCGUCCGCGCGCUGAACCUCACACUCGUCCGCGAACGCGGCUACGUCAAUCUGCGCUGCAACACACGCCCAAAUUGCGUCGCCGGAGGCGAAGAAAUGCGACAUCCCCGGCUGCUUACGCGCGAGAUAUGGCGCAGCUUCUGGGCCGGGACCAGCACGCCCUACGACGUGAUGGAGCAGGAACUGAAGCAACGACCAACCAUCGACUAUGCAGCAAGCGGCAACUACACACAGUCGUUUCUCAGCUGGCUUGCAACUGUGGUUUCCCCAGGUCCAAAGUUUCAGGCAACAUACCCGACGCCGCCGAUUGCGGAUACCGCGGGUGCGCAAUUUGCCGUCAGCAGGAAUGCUGUCCGGAUGCGACCGAAGAACGACUACGUCGCCCUCAAGACUUGGCUCGUGCAUGUUAAGAAAAAUGAUAAUGUCAGCGGACGAACGUUCGAGUAUCUCUGGCACGUUGUCUUUGGCCAGCCGGGAGUGCUGUGCUAUGAUAGAACGAAAUGCGAAUGUGAAGUCUUCGGACGCUGUCCUUGA